CACUCUGCUAGUAGAGUCUAUCUAAAAUGGCGGACCUCUUGUAGCGGUCGUGUGUGAUUACAUGUCACACUUCAAGCAUUUUCAGCGGAGAUAUUUUAUGUGUAUUUAUAUAUAAUAUAAAUCAUGUUUUCCAGUUUUUGCCUGCGGACCAUUCUGAAGUCUUCCGUGGGUGUUUUGCGUGAAAGUUCCGCUCUGUACCCCGCGGUGUCAGUCAGACCUUGGAGCUGCUGCGCUUCGGCUCUAUUAUCAGGACCUGCAGUUACCAAAGGAGUCUUUGCAGUUCCACCACCUGUGAGACAUUAUGCCCGGGUUGCAAAGAGAAAGAAGACAGACCCAGAAAGCCAACUCAGUGAUCUUCCUCCAACAAUGCUGAAGAUGGAAUAUGCAUCUGUCCCACUUGCUCAAACGACAGAUGAUCUCGUCAAACGUCUUCUUUCACUAGAACUGGCAAAUCAUAAGGAAAAGCUCCAGCUGAAAACGGAACAACUGAUUGCAAAAGUUCAACGAGAUGAGAACGAUCGCAAUUCAGUCGAAGUCCAGGUGGCUGUUUUGACUGCCAGAAUUCGAAACUAUCAGGAGCAUUUGCAAAAACACCACAAGGACAAAGCUAACAAGAGGCGCUUGCUAAUGGCCAUUGAUCGCAGGAAAAAGCUUCUAAAAAACCUCAGAUUGGUUCGUUUUGACACCUUUGAGAGAGUGUGUGAGCAGCUCUGCAUUACCUACACCUUCCCUCCAGAAUACUACAGACGAGCCACUCGCCGCUGGCUGGCCAAGAAAGAGUUCUGUAUUAAGGUUUUCAAGGCGGUGCAGAAGCAGAAAGCAGAGCAAAAGAUGAAGCAGCAGUUAUCCACCACAGAGACAAAGGAAGCCAACGCACCAGAAGCCCAAACAUAAUGAAACAAACUAGUCUGUACAGCUGGCUGCUCUCAAUUUGUUUGAUUGUUUCAUCUCAGACUUUCACGUUCCAUCUUAUUUGUUUUCAAUCUAAUGUUCUUUUAUUUGUCUUACAAUAUCAGUGUAUUGGAAAUAAAAUUUCAAAGAAA